UCCCGCGAUAGCUUGAAUGUUUGUCUCAUUAUCCACACGAGCAAAAUCCGAUCAAACUAUUGUUUUGACAGUUGUUUGAUGAGAAAGAGAUGGCUCAGUUUAAUCUGGAAAACAUACUUUCCGAGUUGACGAAAAUUGAUGGACCUCUGCAUCAAGCUCCUAAACCAAGAUGGCAGCGGAAGGAAGACGAUGCCCGAUCAAGAUCUGACAGAGUUGCUUUGUCACCGUGGAAACCAAGAUUGACAAGAACACCGGGAAAAUCUGUUUCUGAUGACCAUUCAGUACCAAGUAAAACGCCACAGAAACCUGCAACCAAGACACCAAAGAAAACCCCAGCAAAAACACCACUGAAAAGUGGCCAGGAUAGAUUCAUUCCGAAUCGAGCCACUACGGACUUGGACAUGUGUCAUUACGCCGUGUCAACCUGUGAUGAAAACUCUGAGCCCGGGGAGGACGGCACAUACCAGCGGCAUCUCGACCAGGUUCUGCCGACCGGAAAUCAUCCACAGAAUUCCAAACUCCUGUCUUACAAGACAAAACCUGUACCUGCCGAGCAAGGACACUUGAACAACUUGAUGGUGCUGUAUAGUACGACAAAGAUUCAAACAACGGGAGCGAAGAUGUCUCGAUAUAUUCCCAACAACGCUGACCGGGUGCUGGACGCCCCCAACCUCCUGGAUGACUAUUAUUUGAACUUACUCGACUGGUCCGCCCACAACCAGCUGGCAGUGGCGCUCGGGUCGGCAGUCUAUCUGUGGAAUGCACAGACUGAGUCGAUCGCCCAGCUGUUGGAUCUGAAUGAUCAGCCGGUGACAAGUGUGGCGUGGGUUAAAGAGGGAUCGAUCCUUGCCGUCGGAGCUCAAGACGGCUCAGUGCAGAUAUGGGAUGCGGGUCAGGAGAAACAACUUAGAGUUAUGUCAGGUCAUGCAGCUAGAGUUGCAUCUUUCUCUUGGAACUCUCACGUUUUGUCCAGUGGAUCGAGGUCUGGGAAGAUUCACCACCACGACGUGCGUGUUGCGACUCACCACGUGGGUACUCUAGACCACCACACUCAGGAGGUGUGCGGUCUGAGCUGGUCACCGUGCGGACGAUUCCUGGCUAGCGGCGGAAACGACAAUCUCCUCAACCUGUGGGACAAUCACCUUGGAGACUGCGACCAGCCUCUCUACUCCUUCACGCAGCACCAGGCAGCUGUCAAGGCACUAGCGUGGUGUCCAUGGCAACCGACACUGCUGGCCAGUGGUGGCGGAACAGCUGAUCGUCACAUCCGGUUCUGGAACACCUCCAACGGAACAUGUCUCACUGCUGUAGACACAAACUCUCAGGUUUGCUCUAUCCUGUGGUCUAAGGAACACAAGGAGCUGAUAUCUGGACAUGGCUAUACGAAAAACCAGCUGUCAAUUUGGAAAUAUCCUCACAUGAAGAAAAUAACAGAUCUCACAGGUCAUGCGUCGCGCAUUCUCUCCCUUUGUAUGUCACCAGAUGGCACUACUGUGGCGAGUGCCGCCGCGGACGAAACAAUCCGUUUGUGGAAGUGUUUUGUAGUGGACAGAGAGAAGAAAUCAACGUCAACAAAACCAAGCUCAAAGGACGUAUCAAGUCUGAGCAUAACGCAGAGAGGAAUCCGAUAGACUGGCAGUGAAAUGCUAUUUAUACAUCAGUCUUUCUUCUUUGUACACAAAGGCCAGGAUUUUUGUUUGUGCUUAUGUGUCAUUGAACAGUCAGUCUUUCUCAUUUUAGGCGUGCUUUCCAUUAAUGCGAUUCUGCACAAAUUUCCAAAUCUGCAUUUUCGCAAGCGGGUUACUAUGCAAAAUUUCAUGUCAUUGAAGUGUACUUAUAAGCCGCUAGUAAACACUGUACGUUAUGACGAUGCCACACAGAAAGCAAUCAUGUAUCUAACGACGUUUUUCCCAGCGAGCUGAAUGCCCACGUAUAAGGACUAUAUCAAUAAACUCACGUGUGAAAUCGCGUUAAUGGAAAGUGACCCUUAUCCUACAGUGCAUUUUCAUGAUUCAUGGACAUUCUUUUCACAUUGGUUAUUUUAUUUAUACAGCAAAUUGUUUUUCUUAAGUUUCCUAAGAGCACUCACUGAUCAUAAUUUCUAAGAGAUUUUUUUUUAUAUAUUGAUAGGUGAGGAUUGGACUUUAUUUUUUAGAAUUUGUUCUUUUCUAUUUGUGGAGACAAGAAUCAUAAAAUUUCAUAAAAUGGAAGCCCAAGUUGUUGGAACAGAAUCGAUUUCCAUGCCCGAAUUUUGGUGCUUUUCAAUGUGGAUAUGGUAUUUUAAAUUUUUUUUGUCCAAAUGAAAUUUAACCACUGAUGGCCUCUAAACAAAUAGUAAAUGGGGCUCCAUUGUACAAAGCAAUCUUAGAAUUAGAAUCACUUUAAGUGCAUAACACAGUUAGGCACAUAAGGUGAUCUUAGCGUAAAACAGGGCUCUGAUCUUAAUGACAGUACAGGCCCAAUUUCACAAACAUUGUAAGCCUAGUCUUGCACAUAAACGUAAAUCUAUGACUAAACUACAAUUCUUAUUACCUAUUAUAGUACAAGAAAUAUAGUUGGAAACGCACAUAUUUCAUUUUCUUUUGUCCUUAAAAUGCUCCAUUUUCCUUAAUGAUGUAAUUUUCUUUGUGAAAUUGAUGCCAAAUCUACGACUAAACCACAAUUCUUAUUAUUAUAGUACAAAAAAUAUUGUUUGAAAUACACACAUUUAAUUUUCUUUUGUCCUUAAAAUGCUUCAUUUUUCUUAAUUAUGUAAUUUUCUUCAUGAAAUAGAUGCCAAACACUUGUUGUAAAUGUAUGCCUGGUAUAACUGGUUUUAUGUAGCGAUCUUAGCACAAAACUGACCAUAAGUUACUAAGUUCUACUUUCAAACUUUAAGAUGAUUUUAGCACUAACAUUACUUUAUAAAAAUAGAACCCUGCACAGAUUUAGCUGAGUAGCCCGCAUAUUUUGGUGUUAAGUAAUUAAUUUACAUUUGUAUAAGGUAUCUAGUGUGGUUUCUCAGUGCCACCAAACUACAUGCACAUCACAUUGAUGUUAUUAGGUUAUGAGGCCUACCGUUUUAAAAACCUAGAUCCACACCUGAUAUCUGUGUUCCACAGUAAGCCUACUUUCCAUUAACGCUGUGCCGCACAUUUCCAUAUCUGCAUUUUCAAAAGUGGAUUACUCCUACCUUCACUCCAAAAUCACUCAUUGACUUUUUUCUGGGCACUGAAUUACCACAUACAGAAAUGCGUACAUAUGGAAACGGUAACAAACAUACACACGGAAUCAACUUUAAUGGAAAGCAGGCAUUAUUACGCUCAAAAUUUACAUUUUGUAAUACAGUAUUAAUUAUGUCAGGUUUUUGUCUUUUUGCAAAUUGUAUAGAUUUAUAUAUUGUAUAUCUUUUUUGUAUAUAGUAAAAUAAAAUAUUUCAGUAAUAAUUUUU